UAGAAACCUAUCGAAGGGUAACCCGAGCCCAGAGAAACCCGCGGCCGCGGUGCCAGCACCCAGCCGCCGCGGUCGGGGCCGGUUUUCCGCAGGGGCGGCCGGGGGCGCGGGGGUGCGCGGGCGGCGACCGCGCCAUGCAGUACCAGCCGCCCGGCGCGGCGCCGGCCGCCCUGGGCGUCGGCGUCCCGCUGUACGCGCCCACGCCGCUGCUCCAGCCCGCGCACCCCACGCCCUUCUACAUCGAAGACAUCCUGGGCCGCGGCCCCGCCGCCGCCCCGGCCCCCCACUCCCUGCCCGCCCCGCCGCCGCCGACGCUGCCGUCGCCCAACUCCUCCUUCACCAGCCUGGUGUCCCCGUACCGGACCCCCAUCUACGAGCCGACCCCCGUCCACCCGGCCUUCUCCCACCACCUCGCCGCCACCUAUGGCACCGGCGCCUACGCCGGGCCCCUCUACUCCUUCCCCCGCGCCGUCGGCGACUACGCGCACGCCCUGAUCCGGCAGGACCCCCUGGGGAAGCCGCUGCUGUGGAGCCCCUUCAUCCAGCGGCCGCUGCACAAGAGGAAGGGGGGGCAGGUCCGCUUCUCCAACGACCAGACCAUCGAGUUGGAGAAGAAGUUCGAGACGCAGAAAUACCUCUCCCCGCCGGAGAGGAAGCGCCUGGCCAAGAUGCUGCAGCUCAGCGAGAGGCAGGUCAAAACCUGGUUUCAGAAUCGCAGAGCCAAAUGGAGGCGUCUAAAGCAGGAGAACCCCCAGGCCACCAAAAAAGAAGAAGUAGAAGGUGCUGACAGUCACAGUGACCAAAGGCCAGAGAGCUGCCAGAGCCCCGAGCAGAAGGGUAAGGAGGUCUCUCUGGAUGGCUCACAGUACACACCCUCACCAGCCUCACAGGAGGACCUGGAGUCAGAUGUCUCUGAUGACUCUGAUCAAGAAGUGGACAUUGAAGGUGAUAAAGGCUAUUACACUGCUGCCCACUAACAGUCCUGUGCAGAGAGCAGACCCUAACUCGGCUUGCACUUUACCAGGGGCUGGUUUGAAAGAAUAUUGUGCUACAGGAGAAAACUUUCACCGUUACACUGAAAGAAAAAAGCAUCACCAAAUAGACUAAUUUUAUAAUAAGCAGAGGAAGAAGGAUGUAUUUUCUGCGAGCAGUUCAGUUUUGAUAUCUCUCAUUUGGUUAAAGGACCGUGGUUUGUAUUUAAUUAUUUGUAAAAUAUGUUUGUACAAUAAUCAAUGUUCUAAGUGGAAUAUAAUCCUGCACCCUGUCUUUACUCAUGAUGGUGGAGAGGGUCUGAAUCAGCUGCUGUUGGUGAUCAGGCAGAACUCUAACUAGUGUGGAAGUGAGUAUGGAUUGCAGGACUAAGACCUUUAUAUGUGUAAACAAACGUACUUUAAAUAGAUUAAUUUAAACGCCCUUUGUAAGCAGAGAAACAUGUUCUGUGAAAUAGGGAGGGAUUUGACAAUCCCAAGAAGUGCCUUAUGCUCACACCCUUUUAUGUGCCAUGGUGCUCUCUACUGAGACAUCCCUUUGUCAGGUAGGGUUGUUGGACAGAUUCCUUUUUCAUCUUGAAAGAGAGGAGAUGUGCCUUCUCAGAUUUUUGAGAAUUUUGCCUCACAGUUUGGAUGGUUCCAUUUGCAAAAAAAAAAAAGAAAAAAGAAAAAAAAAUUCUCCUUCAAAAUCUCUAGGACUGUUUUUUAUGGAUUUCAUAUUUGAGAAGAAAUUGCAGGGAGCAAUAGGGCCCUGCUGCAGGACAGAAACUGGCAUCAGCUGCAAGGGCAUAAAUGAGGCACACAGCCAUGGGAAGAUAAUGCCUAUCAUACACAUAUCUGCUUCUGUACAUACUAGUUUUCUUUAAAAGUCUUGUGGUUUUGUACCUCACAUUGUUCAUAUUUUGUACAUAUUUGUUCAGUGUUAAAAAAAAAAUGGCAAAACCUGGUAUUUAAUUUUUGAUGGACAUAUCUGUGAAAUAAACCUAAACUCUGCAACACUCA